GAAUCGCCUUCCCGACGAGUAUAUCCGUCAAUAACUGCGUCUGUCACUUCUCCCCGCUCAAGAGCGACCAGGAUUACAUCCUAAAAGACGGGGAUUUGGUCAAAAUUGACCUGGGCGUGCACGUGGACGGGUUCAUCGCCAACGUGGCGCACACCUUCGUGCUCGGCGCCUCCAAGGAAAACCCCGUUUCUGGUCGCAAAGCUGACGUCAUCAAGGCAGCUCAUCUGUGCGCCGAGGCUGCCCUGCGCCUGGUGAAACCCGGAAACCAGAACACACAAGUGACGGAGGCCUGGAACAAAAUCGCGCAUUCGUUUCACUGCACGCCCAUCGAAGGGAUGCUGUCACACCAGCUGAAGCAGCACGUGAUCGACGGCGAGAAAACGAUCAUCCAGAACCCCUCGGACCAGCAAAAGAAGGACCACGAAAAAGCCGAAUUCGAGGUCCACGAAGUUUACGCCGUCGACGUCCUCGUCAGCAGCGGUGAGGGCAAGGCGAAGGACGCCGGGCAGAGAACCACGAUUUACAAGAGGGACCCUUCGAAGCAGUACGGCCUCAAGAUGAAAACCUCCCGUGCCUUUUUCAGCGAGGUGGAGCGGCGCUUCGACACCAUGCCCUUCACACUCAGGGCGUUCGAGGACGAGAAGAAGGCGCGCAUGGGGGUGGUGGAGUGCGCCAAGCACGAGCUGCUGCAGCCCUUCAACGUCCUCUACGAGAAGGAAGGUGAGCUGGUGGCCCAGUUCAAGUUCACGGUGCUGCUGAUGCCCAACGGCCCCAUGAGGAUCACGAGCGGCCCCUUCGAGCCCGAGCUCUACCGCUCCGACCUGGAGGUGCAGGACGGCGAGCUCAAGGCUCUCCUACAAAGCUCCGCCAGCCGCAAGACCCAGAAAAAGAAGAAAAAGAAGGCUUCCAAAAACGCCGAAAACGCCACCACGGGAGAGACGGCGGAGGAGAACGAGGCCGGCGACUGAGAGCCCCAAAACCUCUCAAAUCGUCCCCUUUUUCCCC